AUGUUUCCAUUUUCGCUAACUGGGAGAGGUCUAGAAUGGCUAGAGAAGGAGGUGCCCCCUAAUUCUCUCACAACAUGGGACCAAGUGACUACGGCUUUCUUGAGAAGGUUUUAUAACGAUAGGAAGACCGCCGAGGCUCGGUCUUUGAUUCAAGGUUUUCGCCAAAAGAGUGGUGAGUCUCUAAGUGCGGCAUGGGAACGAUACAAAGAGCUUCAGCUUCAAUGCCCACACCAUGGGAUACCCAAGUAUCAACUCAUUCACACUUUCUAUGGAGGUCUCACACCUCAAGGAAGAACAAGCCUAGACGCCGCGGCCGGUGGUACAAUCAUGAACAAAGGAGAGAAUGAAGUGGAGUGUAUUAUAGAGGAGGCCGCAAAGCACUAUGAUGAUUGGUACGAAGGAGAAAGGGAUGCUACUUCUAGUAAGGGUGUUUAUGCAUUGGAGCAGGCCAACACAAUCAACAACCUUUCUACCCAAAUCUCCAAAAUGACCAAGCAAAUGGAUGAAUUGAUGAAAGAAAGGUCCAACCCUCAUGGUAAUACCUCCCCUUCAACCAAGGGAGGCAAUGUUCAACCCCCUUCCCAUGAACAUGAUGGUAACAUGGAAAAUCUCAAUGCUAUGAAUUUUGCUCCUAGAAUGGGAAAUGUAGGAAACUUGAAGCCAAACUCCAAUAAAAUGGGGAAUUGGAAUCAAGGUGGAAACCGUGGUUGGAACCAAAGUGGUGGUGGUUAUGAUAACCAAUACCAUGGUGGGGGAGGCCCUUCCAAUUUUAAUGGAAGAGGCUACUCUAACCAAAGGGGGAGUAGGAAGGUAGUAGGGAGUGACCCUUUAAUUGAGGAAGAACCCCAAGAAGAGGUGGAGCUAGAGAAUGAGGGUGAAAAACCCAAUGAGCCAUUGAGUGUUGAAAAGGAAAAACAUGUUGAGGUGCCCAAGGAAAAAGAAGCCACCCCCUUGCCCCUAAAUCGCCAACCUAGAGAGGAAAAGCUACCCUUUCCACAACUAUUUGUGAGAGCUAAACUUGAUGCCCAAUUUGGGAAGUUUUUGGAACUCAUUAAGAAUUUGAAUAUUUUCGUCCCUUUUGUUGAUGCUAUGAAGCAAAUGCCCCACUAUUCCAAAUUUUUGAAAGAUCUUUUGAGUGGGAGAAGGGAGUGUGAGAUGGUGAGUUUGACCGCCAAUUGUAGUGCAAUUCUUUCCAACAAACUACCUACCAAAUUGAAAGAUCCGGGUAACUUUUCCAUCCCUUGUUCUAUCAAUGGCAUUGAAUUUGAUAAAGCCUUGUAUGAUUUAGGAGCAAGUAUGAGUCUCAUGCCCUAUUCCGUCUACCAAAAGCUUAGUGUAGGAACCCUCUCUCCCACUAACAUUACUCUCCAAAUAGCGGACCGUUCCGUUAAGUUCCCCAUGGGCAAAGUUGAGGACAUUCCCCUUAGGGAGGAAAGUUCACAUUCCCCGUGGAUUUCUAUGUGCUAG